CCGUCCUGCGCUCCGCGAGUGCGCCGUGGCGCGACGCCGGCGGCGGGGCUGGCGCGAGCGGGGCGCCAUGGUCCACUUCUUGCACCCGUUGCUGUGGCCGCGGGUCCUCGUCCUGCCCGACGCCCAGGAGGACGCGCGGGGCCGCGGCGUGGUGCAGGAGGAAGCUUCACCCUACUCUUUGGUCAACAUCUGCCUGGAUAUCUUGAUUGCUAACUUAGAGCAAUGGUGUUCUAAAAGACCUGAUGGAACAUUGUGCCUUCCAGAGCAUUGGCGUUUCCCUCACGAAAUAGCUGAUCAGUUCCUUGAGAGGAUGGCUUGGCAAGGCAAGCUGACGGACAGAACAGCAAGCAUUUUCCAGGGCAAGCGAACAAACCUGAAGCGGAUCCGUAUCCAGAGAUCCAGGCUCUCCACAGCAGCCUUCACAAAAGCCUUCUGCCAUCACAAGCUUCUCGAAGUGGACGCCACCUCAGUGGACUCCGAGCUUCCAGCCGCAGACAUCGUCCACGCUCUCCAGAGCAGUGCCUGGAUCCAGAACAACCUGCAGUGCCUUCUGUUAGACUCAACUAGUGUCCCUCAGAACUCAAGACUACUGGCCUUGGGUCGGUUCACUGGCAUUCGCACUUUAAACGUUGCCAACGUGUCCUUCUGGAACGAAGACCUAGCGAGCGUUUCCCAGUUACCACACCUGGAAAGCCUGGAUAUCUCCAAUACUCUGGUCACUAAUAUCUCUGCACUCCUCGCCUGUAAGGACCGGCUCAGAUCUCUCACAAUGCACUAUCUGAAGUGCCUGACCAUGGCCAACCGACAAAUUCUUGCCGUUUUCAGACAACUGAAACACCUGCUUCACCUUGAUAUUUCUGAUCACAGGCAGCUCAGGUCAGACCUGGCUUGUCUUCUGUUACAGCAGGAGGACAUCCUGCCCAGCCUUGUGUCCCUGGAUAUUUCCGGGGGCAUCGACAUCACUGAUGAGGCUGUGGAAUCCUUUCUGCAGCAGCGGCCUGAGAUUCGAUUUGUGGGGCUCUUGUCCACUGAUGCUGGUUAUUCUGAUUUCUUUGUGGCAAAGCAAGGCUUAAAGGUUGCUGGAGGAGCCAACAUGAGUCAGAUUUCUGAAGCACUGAGCCAGUACAGGAACAGGCCGUGUUUUGUGAAGGAAGCUCUCUACAGGCUCUUCACAGAGACGCUCUCCCUGAGUGCCAUCCUGCCUGCCAUUCUAAAGCUCGUGGCUAUAGGAAUGAGGAAUCACCCACACGAUCUGCCAGUGCAGUUCACGGCCAGUGCUUGUGUCCUCAACCUCACCCGCCAAGGCCUGGCCAGGGGCAUGCCCAUCCGUCUGUUGUCGGAGGUCACCUGUCUGCUCUUCAGAGCAAUGAAAAAUUUCCCCUACUACCAACAGUUACAGAAGAAUUGCCUUCUCUCCUUAACCAGUUCCAGGAUUCUUAUGGAUGUCCCGUUUGACAGGCUUGAUGCUGCCAAGCUUGUUAUGAGGUGGCUGUGCAGACGCGAGAACCCCAAGAUGCAAACAAUGGCAGUGAGCAUCACCUCCUUCAUAGCCCUGAAGCUCUCACCCGAGGAGACUGAACAGCUUCAGGAAGAGCUCAUCAUGACAGUCAAGGAACUUGUAACAAUAGUCAGACAAAAGACGGCUGAGAAUUUAGAUGAUGUCACCUUCUUGUUUACUCUGAAAGCACUUUGGAAUCUUACAGAUGAGUGUCCAUCGGCCUGCAAGUACUUUAUUGAGAAUGAAGGAUUGACCGUCAUCAUCCAAGUCUUAGAGACGUUCUCCGUGUCCGUGAUACAAAGCAGAGUGCUUGGCCUUUUGAACAACAUAGCUGAAGUCAGAGAGCUCUCUCCCAAGCUGGUGACAGAAGAUCUGUUGAGACAUCUCAUCAGCCUGCUCCGCAGCACCAAUAUAGAAGUGAGCUACUUUGCCGCGGGCGUGAUAGCCCAUCUGACAUGUGACAAACAGCAUUGGCUAUCCCGUGGCCUGCAGAGGAGUGAUCUUCUCCAGAACUUGCGUGUAACCAUCGAGAAUUGGCCAAGUUCACGGUGUAAGAUGUCAGCACUGGUGACCUACAGAUCUUUCAAAGCAUUUUCCCCACUCCUUGGCAACUUCUCCCAGCCAGAAGUUCAGCUCUGGGCACUAUGGGCUGUGCAUCAUGUCUGCAGUAAAAACCCUAGCAAAUACUGCCAACUGUUGGUAGAAGAAGGAGGACUGCAACUCGUGUGUGAUAUCCAGGAGCGUGGUCAGGCCAAUGCCCAGGUGAGGCAGAUGGCGGCCUCCAUCCUAGAGGACUUCAGGAUGUACUUCACAAGCUACCAGAGACCCCCCACAGCCCCAGUGCCCUUUCUGACCCAGGGGCCUUUGAAGGGUGCUGCUGCUUAAG